GCAGCAGCACCACGAUCCCGAUAACACACACGCUGUCCGGCAACCUUUCCUCAUCGGGGUGGCGGGUGGUACUGCCAGCGGAAAGACUUUUAGCGUAUCCAAUUACCCCAUUGCAUUACUCUUCCUCUCUGCUGAUGCUGAUCCCUGUCCUGAUUGAGGAGAGCAAGAAUGACACAUGCUCCCUCAGACACGUGUGCUGUAGCCGACUUCAUCUUUUCACCUGUACGAGGCGAGUUCGUAUGCGAAUCAGCUUUGUGUAUGGAGAGACACACCCUGAUUGACUCUUGUGCAGGUGUCAUGGAAAAAUAUGUCGUCAGUGUGUGGGAAGAUUAUGGAACUUCUUGGACAAAAUAAGAUUGACCAUCACCAAAGGCAGGUAGUCAUCCUCAGUCAGGACAGCUUCUACAAUGUGCUUACUGCAGAACAGAAGGCUAAGGCUCUUAAAGGACAAUACAACUUUGACCACCCAGAUGCAUUUGAUAACGAACUGAUAGUAAAAACGCUGUGGGACAUCAUGGAGGGAAAGACAGUUCAUAUUCCAGUCUAUGACUUUGUAACUCAUUCCAGGAAGAAGGAAACAGUGACUGUGUACCCAGCUGAUGUGGUGUUGUUCGAGGGCAUUCUCAUGUUCUACUCGCAGGAAAUCCGGGAUUUCUUUCAGAUGAAGCUGUUUGUGGACACGGAUGCAGAUACACGACUCUCGCGCAGAGUCUUGAGAGAUAUUAGUGAGCGAGGAAGGGACCUGGAGCAGGUCCUAAGCCAGUAUAUCACAUUUGUGAAGCCUGCAUUUGAAGAAUUCUGCCUGCCAACGAAGAAGUACGCCGAUGUGAUUAUCCCAAGGGGAGCCGAUAAUCUAGUUGCCAUAAAUCUGAUAGUGCAGCACAUCCAGGACAUCCUGAAUGGUGGCUUGACCAAACGUCUGAGUGGCUGUCUUAACGGUCAUACUCCUCACAAGCGCCAGGCCUCGGAGUCUAACAGCCGGCCACACUGAUAUACUCUUCUCCUCAGCAAUGAAGGACUUAAAGUGGGGUCAGGUUGGGUGGUGUUUGUACAUACUGACAGUUAACGGUGUAUUUAAAGCAAGAAAUUUAAGAAAUGCCUUCUUUGAUUUUGUACUAUUGUAUUAUUAUUCUGUGUUUUGGACAGACUGCUGCGCUUCACUGUGGAGGGAAAAUGUUUCUGGUUUAGAAUUUCGAGUUUCCUCCUAAUUUUUGCCCUUUAUUUUAUCCAUCAGCCCCCUGUUUACAAAGUUAUUACUGAAGAUAAAGGUUAUUGUACGUGUUACAGCUCAGUAAUUUCAUGUUUUAUGCUUUGAAUAAGGCUAGUGAUAUAAUUACAUUAUGGCCUCAAGUAUGUGCACAUUCCUAAUUAUUGAGUUCAGGUGUAUAAAAUGAAUAUGAAAUGAAAUAAAUUAUAUAAAAUAAAACAUAGGCUUUUGAGUAUAGGCUUGGCAACAGUUUGUUAAAGGAUUUUCCCUGUUCCAGCAUGACUGUGUCCUUGUGCACAAAGUCCAUAAAGACGAGCUGGACAGGUUUGGUGUGGAGAAACUCUAGUGGCAUGCACUAGAUCCCAUCCGCAUUAAAUACUUUUGGGUAUUGGGAUUGGGUUGUUGAUUCCGAGCCAAGCGUAUUUAUCUAACAUUCGUGCCAGACCACAUAAAUGUUGUUUUAACAAAAUGGCCAAAUAUUUCCACAGGGCAACAUAACCGAUAUGGUUUUGAAACAUAGGUAUUCAUCAAGCUCAUGAUCAGGUGUCCAUAUAGUUUUGGUUGUACAAUGUAUAAACAAUAGGUCAUUCAUCUGAGAAAAUAUAAUCUGAUGUAAUUUCUGCAUUAUUGCAGUUAAUAAUACAGCCUUCAAAGUAUUUUAAGUUUUUUAAUUUGUUUGAUAUUUUUGUACAAACAGUUAUUACAAUAGAAAAGACAUGGUGCUCAAAGCAGGGAUUCUCAAUCAACACAAUACAUUAGGUAUAUUACUACAUUAUCACUAUACAGUGCAUAAUGCAUUGGUGUGGCCCACAAGACCAGCUUUAGCCUACUGUACUGGCUAAUGUGACAGAAAGAUUCACAACCAUUUAUCUAAAUAGAAAGGUGCUUCUUUCUUAUUUAGUGUUGGUGUUUUCAGGGCUGAACUUGUACUGUAAGAUAAUGGAUGUUCACAAGUCCUAUGCAACGUUUCAACAGGCAACAUUUUGAAUUCUUUAACUCUGAAAAACUUGAAUACUUUUAAAGCAGGUGCCAAUUUAGUAAACCAGUUCCAGUGUCUUUAUUUUACUUUAAGGUAGACUGGAUAAUGCGCUUAUACUGUGUUGUUAAAAGUUUUUGCCCUCUUUUUGACUACUUCUGUUGCAUAUUUGUCACACUCAGUUAAAUGUUUUGUUUUAAAAAUUGAAACAUAACAAAUGACUCAAAUGACAAAUGAGUAGCUGCAACUACGUAAAACACUUCCACCAUCUUUCUACCACCAUUACCGCCACCAUGCUUAACUGUUGGUAUGAUGUUCUUAUUGUGCCUUAUGCCAUAUGUAACAGUUCCCAUGGCUUUCAAAAGUUACAAGUCCACAGAAAACAAACCAAAGGGCUUUUUUACAAAUGUAGGACAAGACAAUGUGUUCCUGGUGGUUAUCAGAGAUCUUGCAACUCUCUUAUUGAUACAAUUUUCUGGUUUCUUUCUAAAGGUGGAAUAAAGAAAGUAAACAUAAUUUGGGUUCUUUUGUAACUUCAUAGAGAAGGCAUUGAUGAGGUCUUGGCCAGCCACUUUAGGCGUAUUUACCAUUGUACCAAGUUUUUUUACAUUUGGAGAUAAUGGUUGUAAUGGCUUUGUAACCAUGAAUGUUUUCUGGAUUUUUGCUUGCAUCAUAGUGUGCCUGCAUGUUGAGAUCAUUUAGCCUACACCACAUGGCUAAAUAUGUUCUGUUUAAGUGAUGUUCCAACAGGGCUGGCAGUAAUAAAACUUUAACCUCUUUAAAUGAUAGGAAAUGAUAAUUAAAAUGAUUGGGAUUACAUUUUGUUUGAAGUUCUAAAACAAUUAAGUGUGGCAAAUAUGCAAAAAUAGAAAAAAAGAAAUUCAAAAGAGGACAUGCUACUGUAUACAUUUUUGUUAUCUGUUAAACACUCAUGAGAAUGGAAGUACUAAGUACUUUUUGGUCACUGGUUUGGUACCACCAAAAGUGCAUAUUAUGUACCAGAAAUGCUGUCAUCAACUAACUACAGAUAAAAACAAGACAUAAAAUAACUAUAAUUUCUCUUUGUGUGACAGUUAUAGUUCAGUGGGAAAGAUGAGGGGCAGUGUGUAUUAAAACAUUCAUCUCUAAAGAUUAGAUUUAGAGCAAUAACUACAUUACAUUUAAUUUAUUUUGUUUGCUUCUGCGUAAUACAUUUAUGCUUCACUACAGCUCUACAUUCUCAAUAAAUGAAAUAAAAUAUACCAUUUUAUACAGUCUUAUGUGAGAACACUUUGUUCCUUAUGGUUGUUUGAAGAACAGAACACACUGUUGUACCUUUAAUGUAUGUUAUAUGGACAAAAGUAUUGGGACUCCCCUUCUCAUGUUUAAUAAUGUGUUUCAGCCAGAACAUUUGCAAACAGGUGUAAUGAAUCAAUUAUAUUAAAAGAUUAUAUGCUAUCAUUUGCAAACAGGUUUAAUGAAUCAAUUAUAUAAGGAAAAUUAUAUGCAUCUAUGCAACAACAGUGUAGAGAAGUCUCUUUCCUGUUCCAGCAUUACCGUUCCCCAGUGCACAAAGUAAGGUCUAUGAAGACAUAAAGAAAAGCUUAAUUUAAAGAAACUCCAGUGGCCUGCACAGAGCCCUGACCUCAACCACACUGAUCAGCCUUGGAGGGAACUGGAGGCUUUCUUGACCAACAUUAAUACCCAGCUAUACAAAAGCUAGUUUAACUGAAUGGGCACAAAUUUCCAUGGACGUUGUCAAGUGGCAGUUGUUUUAACAGAAAAGAUCACAAAGAGUUCACUUUAUUUUAAUAAAGUUGGUUUUUGAAAUGGGAUGUCCAACAAGCUCAUGGUCAGGUGUCCAAAUACUUUUGGCCAUAUGUACUAUCCAGUGUUAAACUAUACCACUCCACUGACAAACAAAAUGUUCAUUUUAGUACUUUUAUUUCUAAAAGUGUAUGGACCAUUACCUUAUUAAGGAUCAAAGCAUGUUUUGACACUUUUUGCCUUAUUAUGUAAUUUUGGUGAUUUUAUGGCUGUUUUUAGCUGAUUUUUAUUAGCUGUUUUGUAGGCUAACUGAACAUGACUCAUCACACAGAAAUAUUUCCAGUACUAUUCAUUAGUUGCAGCAUAAAUACCACUCCCAACAGACAUUAAUAAUCAAGUCUGUGUACGUGUCUGGUUGUUCACUGGCACAGGCACUGGUGGGCUAGCACAUUGGGAUUGCUGCUCCACCCAAGCGCCCACUGCUUAGCAAGUUGCCUUCCACAGAUGUGGAUGCCUGAAUAUUAUAACACAUAUGCAAAUGUUUUUCUGCUUUAAAUAAGAUGAUUCUUUUUUUUCCACAGUUUAAUAAUUUAUACAUAGAAUAAAUUAUAAUCAUACUGUCUGUUAAGACUGCACACACGAGCAAGCAUUUAUUUAAGGUCUAAGUAAAAGUCUACAAAAUUAAAUAACAGAACAAAUCUUAUAAAAUACUAACAACAAAAGAAGUAGUACAACCAAAAAACAUGAAACACUAAAAAUAAUAUAAAAAAUCUCUCGUUGAGUGAACUGGUCUCUCGUUGAAUUACUAUUGCUUGGCCCUCUAUAAAUUUAUAGCUAGACCACUAAUCACCAACAUUGUUCCAGCAACAGCAGAGGUUUCAAAAUUCUGUACCAGAGACAAGGGGCUUCUUUAAUUUAAACACAAAUUGAAUAUGCUGGUAUGAAUGAUUUAUUUGCUUAGAUUUGUUUAAAUGCUGAUUGUCAAAUUAUGAGUAAUAAGUAAAAAUUAGUAAAGUAAAAAUUAGAACUGCUCAUUUAAACAUGUUUUUAGAACAUCUUAGACCCUCAUUGAAGGUUUAGAGGGCCAUGACAGUUCCCCUUUGCAGGCUGCUUUUUGGAAUAGCACUCCCAGGCGAAUUUAAUAACUGGAAAACUUGCCUUGUGUUGAUAUGUUCAGGGGUCAUAUAUUUUUACUUUGGUUAUGGUGUUAAGCAACAUGAAGCACACACCAUAACAGCACUUCAUUCAGCAUGUAACUUGACACCAAAAAUUCUACUGGCAUUCUUGAAUAUUCAGUUUCUUGUAGGGCAAAGUUGCUUUAUCUUUCUUGCUCAGGGCCCAUGUUUAAUCACUGAUUAAUGCAACUUUUCAACAUAUACAUCAGAAACUACAUCAGGGACCUAUACUCUGGCCUUUAUUUUCCUUAAGAUAAACAUACAACUUACUACACCAUACUAUAAUACAGGGUAUUUUAUAAUCCUACAACUCUAAUAUGUCUUUAAUGUGAAUAUAUUUUAGUGAGAUACGGGGGCCAUAGUUCAGUAAAAUAGCGCUGUGCUCUCAGGGUCAAUCAUGUUAUUUUGUGUGCUUUGUUUGAUUAAGAACUGCUGGAUUUCUGCCUGUUACCUUUAGACACAAGUGUAAAUAAAUGUGUCUGCUUUUGACAUUGCAAUACAAUAUUUAUUGUUUGCACAAAUCAGUGUGCUAAUGAUAGAUUACUGGUGUAUUAACCCUAACUAAGCAGCUGUCUCCUGAAUGUAUUAUUCACUCAUGAAUACUAAGUCAAAACACGUAAACCUUUACUUAUGGCAUUUAGCAGUUGCCUUAAUCCAAAGUGACUUACUGUUAAUAAAAUGCACGCAAUUGAGGGUUAUGCUCAGGGGCCCAACAGUGGCAACUUAGCAGUGGUGGGACUUAAACCAGCAACUUUUUGAUCACUAGUCCAGUACUUUUUAGCUAGAGGUACCAUUAUAAUUUACCACAUAUACUUGUUUGGUUUUACAGUCUCUUUAGACAUCAGCUUUAAAAAAAACCAAAAAACAUGCAAUAUACCCUAUAGCAACUGCUUUGAACCAAUUCUAUGUACAGUUAUAAAGGGUAACUACGUUCAUUGCACCCGUCAUAGAACUACUGCUUAACCUCAUUACUAUCUCACAAUACUAUAAUUACAAAUGGUGCAGAUCACUAACAUUAUAUUUGAAUUUAAGUUGUUUAUAUCUUUUAGGUUGGCAUAUGUGAAAUGUACUAUAUGUGUUAUUGUGAAAUACAAUCAUUAACUCAUAUUUAUGUUUGUAUAUAUGUUGUAGUUUUUUUCCAGAUUUAAUGAUGUAAUUCUAAAGGUCAAGCUGUGUAAUGACUGAUUGAGCAGGUGUUUAACCUAAUUUUAACCUAUAUUCUAAGCUAUAAUUUUAAUGCAGGCUGUUUUUAUAAGAGAGAGUUUUAUAACGAUGAAUUAUGAAUAUUUAGUCCUGAUUCCAGCUGUCAGUGAAUAAGAUGCAAGUAUAUUAAAUAUCUAAAAUGAAUAAUAUUUAAUUGCUUGCAAAUAGCUUUAACAAUCAAUUAAAAUACCAGAUUACAAUUCAAAUUAGAAAAAUCGAUGACUCAUGUGUUGUACUUUGUGGCUUAAUGUUCCAUGAUGUAUCUUGAUGUAAAUGUGUAAAGAAUUAAGCUGUUUGAACAGAUAAAUCUAAUGAACUAAUGAACAAAUUAAUAAAAGUUUUGUACAAGAAA